ACCGAGGUCCUUCCUGCUACGAAAUUCUCGGACGUCGUACUUCCUUUCCCAUUGUUCUCUAGACUUCUUGUCGGAGAUCAGGUUUUGAUCCCAGUUCCUGAUUGUGUUGGAGGGCAAGGCAGCAAUGGGAGCACAGGCUGUUGUGCAACAGCAGAGAAACUGGGCGGUGGAAGCCUUGCAACGAAGGCUUGCUGCUGCAAAAGCUCAGCUUCUCCAGGAACAAAAAAAGAAUGAGAAAGACAAGAAGGAAACCCUUGAUGCGGAUUUCUCUUCUAGAGCUGAUUUGCAACCUAGUUCUUCGAGCACAUUGCCUGCAAAAGAUGCAAAGGAAGAUGAUGUUGCGUAUGCACGGCUUUCGUGCCCGAUCAACGAGAAUUUGUUAACAACCAACAUUACGUUUUCUAGUGCAAAAGGAAGCAUCACUGACAAGGUUUUGCAUGACCUCCUCCAAAGCGGUGAUUCAGCUCGGAAAUACUUGCAAGGUUCUAAAAACGUGAAGCUGGACAGUUGGAUCCUCCUCGAUAAUUUUGUACCAUCACGGGCUUCAUCCUCAGUCUCUACAAAGGCCUUGCAGAAAAAUUCAAAACGCUCGAAAAGACGUAUGUCUAUGAAACAGCUCAAGAAAUCUGGAGCUUUGCAAUUACCUAAGGAUAUGCAAAAGUUUGAUCUGUUUAAGCCGAUGCAUGAGAUGUGGGAAGGUUACAUGACACAGCUCAUCAAGGCGACAGGGAAGAACCAGUUAGCUCAAUCUCUUAUCUCUGCAGAUUUUCACGGUGCUUACGUUAUUGUUGCCGAAUGCAAGAUAGAAUCAUUCGCUGGAGCACACGGCAUAAUGGUGCGAGAGACAUCAGAGACGUUUGGCAUCAUCACCAGAGACGAUAAACUCCGAGUUGUACCAAAGAAGGCAUCGGUCUUCAUCGUCCAAAUAGACUGUUGGAAAGUAACGUUACACGGGGACAAGCUCAUUUCAAGAAACCCCGCCCUUCAACGCUGAUGGUUAACGGAAACGUUUUGUCUUCCUCCGACACUCGCUGAAGAAAGAAGACAGUGCCAAUGGUAAGAAAAAACGUAUUCUUUUCUUUUAUUGUGUCCGGUUAUGAAAGUUUUCUCUACAAGAAAGAAAACAGAAAACCGAGUUGUAUUCAUUUGGUUCGAAUCUCGGUUUGCUCGAACCGGCCGGUCAAAACGGCACGGUGUUUUGCGCAAAAAUACAAAAAAAGGAAUACGGGGGGAUUUAUUAUUA